GCCACACCUGGCCACAUCUGGCCAUCUAGACCCGGAAAUGACGCAGAGCGUUUUAUAUUCCAGGAAGGAUAUCGGGAGAACGAGAACGACACCUGCGUCAACGGGGAGAUUAUUCUGCAGUACCCUGCCUGCCUAUAUUUGUUGCAUAUGUGAAACAGCCUGCUGCUCCAGGGAUGGCUCUGUUCCAGGAGGGGGCGUCACCCAGCAGCGCCAUGGAAACGUCAAACUUUGCCCAUGUGAUCUUCCAGGAUGUGGGGAAGAGCUUCCCGCCGAGUGCAGCCCUGGAGUGCCGAUACACCCUCACCCCCUUCUUCAGCCCCCACCACCGCGACUGGGUCGGCAUCUUCAAGGUGGGCUGGAGCACGGCGCGGGAUUACUACACCUUCCAGUGGACGCCCCGCCCUGAGACCCAGCCAGGGGAGGGAGGAGGGCACCACACCCUGCUGUUCCAGGGGUACUACCUGCCCAAAGACGACGGAGAGUUCUACCAGUUCUGCUACGUGACGCACAGCGGGGAGGUCCGGGGUGCCAGCACGCCCUUCCAGUUCCGCUCAGCCACACCCCCCGCUGACGAGCUGCUCGCCCUGGAGGACGACAGCAACUCCGACAUCCUGGUCAUCACCUCCCGAACGUCCCUGCUGGAGCAGAAGGUGGAGGAGGCUCAGCGGCGGCAGGCGGAGCUGAGGGAGGAGCUGCACCUCCUGCAGCAGGAGAAGGAGGAGCUGCAGCAUGAGAAGGAGAGACUGCGCAGAGAGAGAGAGGAGGAGAGAGAAACCUGCACUCGCCUGCGCGCACAGAACCAGGCGCUCCAGCAGUCCUCCCAGAGCCUGCAGGAGGAGAAGAAGGAGGCGCAGAGGAGACAGGAGGAGGCGUCGGCCAGACUGCGGCAGCUGGAGGAGGACCUGCUGGAGCUGACACAGAGGGGCCUGCAGAAGGAGACCGAGAUCGACUGCCUCAGAGACCGUCUGAAGAAGCUGAAUGUGGAGAACGAUUCCCUGGAGUCUCAGCUAAAGAUGGAGAGAGACGAGAGAGAGCUGUGCAAGCUGCACCUGAAGAACACGGAGCUGCAGAAGGCGCGUCUCUGUGCGGAGCUGCAGGUGUUGCGCUCGGUGGACAUGAAUAAGGAGAUCAACCUGGCAGAACUGCAGGAGCAGCUUGGCCGUCUGCAGAGAGAGGCCUCCCAGAGCGCCGCCCUCCCGGGGGAGAACGCCCGGCUGAAGGAGCAGCUGCGUCAGGUGGAGGAGCAGCUGCAGGCUGUGCGGCAGCAGGCGGCCAUGUUGGCGGGGGAGCUGCGGGACACGGCGGGCGUGCGGGACCACACCAUGGCCGAGCUCUACCGCACACGCCUGGAGGCCGACGCCCUGCGGACCAGCCUGGGCCACGCCCACACAGAGUACGCCUGCCUCCAGGAGCAGCUGGAGAGCCUGAGGACCAGCGCCCAGCAGGACCCGGGAGCGGGGGCUCGGGAGGCGGAGCUACAGCAGGAGGGGGAGGAGCUCAGGCUGAGGCUGCAGAUGGCUGCAGAGCACUACAAGGAGAAGUACAGAGAGUGUCACCGUCUGCGCAAACAGCUGGCCCAGCUGCAGGGGGACCCAAAGAGAAGGUCAGCAUCAGAGACUGCAGCAGAGGAGAGGUCAGAGGUCACAGAGGCUACAGCAGAGGUGAGGUCAGAGGUCACAGAGGCUGCAGCAGAGGAGAGGUCAGAGGUCACAGAGGCUGCAGCAGAGGAGAGGUCGGAGGUCACAGAGGCUGCAGCAGAGGAGAGGUCGGAGGUCACAGAGGCUGCAGCAGAGGAGAGGUCAGAGGUCACAGAGGCUAUAGCAGAUCUUCCUGUCGGGACACAGAGCUGUGUGGAGGCCACAGCCCCAGAGUUACCCCAAAGCCCUGAACCCAGCACUGAGGGUGUGGCUCUGCAGGAUGGUCUCGCCUGCGUUCAGACAGCUCAGACGCAGACAGAGGAACCGCAGGAGCAGCAGGAGGGUUCAGAGGGAGCAGCAGGUCUGGGUUUGAGGGCAGAUGGAGCCACACCCAUGCUGCUGCAAUACCCCAUCCCUUACCCACAAUGCCCUGCGGAGCUGCAGUUCGGGAACCCGUAUUCCGCCCUCCCUGCAGGUGCAGCGGGCAGUGAGCCCCCUGCCCCAGGGAGCAGGGCCCGGACCCCCCUCUCCCCCCCCUCCUGGGACACCCCUGUGGUCUGCAUCCAGCCGUCCCGCAACCUCAACCCCCCCGACGGGCUGGAGGACCCAGAGCAGCACAGCGAUCAGGGCGGCGAUGGAGAUCAGGCAGCAGAUCCUCCCAGCCCCGCCCACAACGGCACGGCCAGCUUCUGCUUCGACUCCAGUGAGGACACACAGAAGCGUUGCCCUCUGUGCGAGGUGGUGUUCCCUCCGCACUAUGAGCAGAGGCAGUUCGAGGAGCACGUGGAGAGCCACUGGAAGGUGUGUCCCGUCUGCAGCCAGCAGUUCCCCCUGGACUGCCAGCAGCACCUGUUCCAGAGACACGUCAACACGCACUUUGACGGGAACGUGCUCAACUUUGACUGAAACAGCACAGCGCCACCCACUGGAGUGGAGGAGUCAUUACUGUUACUGUGUGUGUGUCUGUGUGUGUAUCUGUGUGUGUAUGUGUGUGUGUUUGUAUGUGUCUGUGUGUGUGUGUGUCUGUGUGUGUGUGUUUGUAUGUGUCUGUGUGUGUAUGUGUGUGUGUUUGUAUGUGGGUAUGUGUGUGUGCAGAUCUGUGUAUGUGUGUGGUGUGUGUGUGUGUGUGUGUGUGUAUUUGUAUGUGUCUGUGUGUGUGUGAGUGUGCAGAUCUGUGUAUGUGUGUGGUGUCUGUGUGUGUGUUUGUGUAUGUGAGGGAGAUGUGGUAGAUUGUCACAUGCAGCAUUGAAUGCUGGGAAGUUGUUAAGCGAUUCUCUUCCUGUCACAUGUUCUGCUCUCCGGGAGAAAAGUUGCUUGUUUGGUAAUCAUUAGUAUUCAUGAUUAUACUUUUAAAAUUAUAAUUAUAAUUAUUUUUAAAAAGAUAUAAGUUAAUUGCACUGGAUGUUAUGGCAUUAUGUGUUUACAGAAGGAAAAUAACUUCAGGUAUCCUGGAUCCUUGCUUUGAUGUUGGAUUAUGCAUCACACUUUCGGAUAUAGAAUAACCAGAUCUGUUCCCACAAUGCUGGAGCAAACAUUCGCCCAGGGAUUUCAACCAAUCAGAGCACACCACAAUGAUUACAACCAAUCACAGGGCUGCAUAGAGCUGCAGUGCAGGAGUGCAGGAGUUUUCAGAUCAGAGCACUGAGAACGACAAGGCCCUGUGUGGACACAAUCAUGUUUUAAUAAUUACACAUAAAGGACCAAAGAAAACAGAUAUUAAAAUAAAAUAUUGAUAUUGACGCUAUUUUGUGUCACACCACAGCCUGUGAUUACACCGUCCAUAUCAAUAGGAAAGUUAAAUAAAAAUUACUGUUUUUAUCACGAGUUAUGUGUUAGUUCAGCAAAUCAAUUUCAUCAUUUGGCCUUGAAAGGGCUCAGGAUUUAACACUGAACUCCGGAGACCUUCUAAAAAUGUCCUGAAAACAUUCCAAUAAUGUUCCUGAAAACUUCCCAAAAACAUUCUAAAAAACACCCAUCCAAACUGGUGUGUGAAAUUUGGGGCGUGGAAGCUCUGUGCGACCCUGUCUAACCCUAACCCUACCCCUAACCCUGCUACUGUACACAAGCCCCACUUGUCCGUCUGUCCGUCUGUCCGUCUGUCUGUCCGUCCGUCCGUCCAAGCUCCCUGUCUGCCUCUCAUCCCCACCAUGCCUGCUGUGCUUUUCCAGGUCAGGUUCCCGGUUUGGGAUCUGAUCUGAUUGAUUGUGUAAAAGAGCUUGAAUAAAACAAGGCAGAAAGGUUAA